AUGGGACCCCCUCACCAGCUUCGUACCGCGUCCCUUCCAGGGGAGAGCGUUCCAGUGCUGAAGACGGCCCUGCCGGAAGGACCGGUGCCCUACUGCCCCGAGACCCACCGGCGGCACACGCUCUUCUGUGGGACCCUCGUCCUGCAGGCCCGGGCCUUUGUUGGACCCCACGUCCUGGCGGUGGUGACUCGAACAGGGUUCUGCACAGCCAAAGGGGGCCUGGUGAGCUCCAUCUUGCAUCCCCGGCCCAUCAGCUUCAAGUUCUACAAGCACAGCAUGAAGUUUGUGGCCGCCCUCUCUGUCCUCGCUCUCCUCGGCACUAUCUACAGCAUCUUCGUCCUUCACCGCAACCGGGUGCCUCUGAAUGAGAUCGUGAUCCGCGCGCUGGACCUGGUGACGGUCGUGGUGCCCCCCGCCCUGCCAGCCGCCAUGACCGUGUGCACGCUUUACGCCCAGAGCCGGCUCCGGAGUCAGGGUAUCUUCUGUAUCCACCCGCUGCGCAUCAACCUGGGGGGCAAGCUCCAGCUGGUGUGUUUCGACAAGACGGGCACCCUCACGGAGGACGGCUUGGAUGUGAUGGGCGUGGUGCCCCUAAAGGGGCAGGCGUUCCUCCCUCUGGUCCCAGAGCCCCGCCGCCUGCCCGUGGGGCCCCUGCUCCGAGCGCUGGCCACCUGCCACGCCCUCACCCGGCUCCAGGACACCCCGGUGGGCGACCCCAUGGACCUCAAGAUGGUGGAAUCUACUGGCUGGGUCCUGGAGGAGGGGCCGGCCGCAGACUCCGCAUUCGGGGCCCAGGUCCUGGCGGUGAUGAAACCCCCGCUUCAGGAGCCCCAGCCGCAGGGCGUGGAGGAACCGCCCCCGGCACCCGUCAGCGUCCUCAGCCGCUUCCCGUUCUCGUCGGCCCUGCAGCGCAUGGACGUGGUGGUGGCGUGGCCGGGGGCCGCACAGCCGGAGGCCUAUGUCAAGGGCGCCCCUGAGCUGGUGGCAGGCCUCUGCGACCCCGAGACAGCACUCGGAUGA